AUGGCCAGGGAACUUGGCCCCAGAGCUCGGGAACGCGCUCUGGCUGUUGCUGCCGAUGUGGCACGCCGAAUUCAGGUGGAACUCACACAGAGUGCAGAGUCAGUGGAACUGCCACCUAUGCGCGGCAAGAGCGUGCAGAAUCUACGCAAGCAGUACGGAAUCGGCUCGCAGACCGCAGACGUGGCACUCCAGGCCUCCUGCGCGCGGCUCUCCAUGGCAGGCGUCACCUUGACUUGGCAAACGCGCAAGAAGUGCGUUGCGGUAGCAGGGCCGAGUAUGCCUGCCGCACAUGAGCUGCCGGCCUGGCCGGAAAGGAAGAAGUGCCGGGAGCCGAGAAGUGCGAAGUCAUCGGGCGGCCGCCCUCGUGGGGUGGAUGAUGAGAUUGACGCAGCGGUCCAGCUGUCGCAUGAGAUACGAGACGACCUGGACCGGGGCGAGGUGGACAAGGCGCAUGGGAGGCUCGCCACCAAGUCGGUGAGACGCCGAUUCAACGUUGGCAGCGAGACUGCAGCCAACGUGCUACGGUUGGCUCGCGCCCGGUUAUCCAUGGCUGGCUUGGAGGCUUCUCGCAUACCCCCGCGCGCCAAGAUCUUGGUCUACAGCAAACCGUCAGACGACGGUCCGAGCGAGGCGAACGCACCGCUGCCCGAGCCAGCGGAAGGCCCCCUUGGCUCCGCCAGUCUCCGCAAGCGCCUGGAGAAGCGGAAGAACUCGUCCAAGCCCUCCAAGUCCCAGGUCCAGGUCGAGAUCCUGGUCAUCAGCAGCGACGAGGAGGAACAGGAUGCCAAGCAGCCUGCAUCGGACGGUGGGCCUGCGCCAGCCGAUCCUCCUGCGGCAUCGGCCGCACAGCCUUCAGAGUCGGCAAAGCAGCCGGCGGCAUCCGCAUCGGUGAGUCAGCCCUUGGAGUCAGUGGAGUCGGCCCAGCCUGCGGCGCCUGCAGUACUGGAGUCACUGGAGCCUGCACUGGCCAAGCGUUGCUGGAAGGCUGGAGUGAUCAAGAUUGAAGGCGAGUCCAGCGCAGCCAGCGCAGCCAGCAGUGAGGCGAAGGGGCGCAGCGGCUCCCGUUUCGCACGCUGCCUGGCCAAGUGGCUCCAAUGGGCAAAGAAGUUGCGGAGGAUUGUUCGCAAGAGCCGCAGCAUCGGAGGCCGGAAGUCACGGAGGACAAAUCAGAAGCGCAAGCCAGCAUUGAGGCCGAGGUCGAGCAGGAUGAAGAAGGAGCUCCGCAUGAAGAAGGAGUGUGUGAAGCAGAAGCUGAAGGCCAAGAGGCUCAGGGCAGGAUCUGCUCGGCCAGUUCCGGACUUCUUCGAAGGCCCCAAACACAAGCGUGUUCGGGGCAACCGCAAGAUCAGCCGCGGCCAGACGGAGAGCUCGGUGCCCUCCACGCCCUCCACACUGUGCAUCUCGCAAGUUCCAGGCUGGUUGAUGCGGGUGGUCCUCUAUGCGGGGGAUGAUGCUUUCCCUGUCGCCUGCACACAUCGCCUGGCUGCCUGGAGCAUCUUGCGCGACUCCCGGCAGGUGUCCUCGGAGCUGCGCGCGCUGUCCUGGCUAGGCCAGGCAGGCCAGGAGGUGUGGGACGCAGCAGAUGAGAGACUCCUGGACCAGAUGCAGCGUGUGGUGCGCGUGCUCUCGGCACUGACUCCCCUGGAGGGCCCACAGCAAAUGCCCCAGUCCGGUACUCGAAAGCGCCUGCGCCUGGACUACGCCCCACUGGACACCAGGAGGAUUACGAAGCGCAUCAAGCAGGAGGCGAAGGAUGAGCUGGUCGAGGAGCGCUCCGGGCGGCUGUCCUCCGCUAGCUGCCAGCUGCGCAAGGAGGAGCUGGCGCAGGCCCAGAGCCAGCUGGAUCAAGCGCGGGUGCGACGCGUGGAGCUGUUGCUCAGUAAGCUGCAGAGUAAUGUGAGCCAGGCCCAGGGCCUCUAG